ACAACAACAACAGCAGCAGCAACAUUAUCAGCAAAUGAAUCGAAAAUCAAGUUUAACUUCCACUCUGAAUUCAAUAUCGUGUUCCUUUUCACAAGAGAGUGAUAAUAAUAGCUCCUUUCAUCAAAUAGCAGCAACAAAGAAUGUACUUGAUAUGUAUGUUACUUACAAGAAAAGAGUAAAUCGUUCUUAUAAGAAAUUAGAAUAUUUUUUCGGUGAACCCACUCCUAUGGAUGUAUGUAUCAGAGAAAUUAAUAAAGAAGGAUUAAAGGCUAUAUUAGAGUCAAAGGUUCCUUUAUGUUACUUUCUUUAUUAUUUAUUAGAUGAAUUUUGUUCAGAAAACCUGCUCUUCUUUUUAGAAGUUGAACGAUUUGAGUCAAAAAGACUAGCAAAAAGAAAUCAAAAUGAUAUAGCUCUUUCUAUUUAUAAUACUUAUAUUUCAAAUAAUUCUUAUUUAGAAAUCAAUCUUGAUGAUCGAGUAAAACGUAAUAUUACAGAGCAACUUGAAUCCAUAUUAACUGCCAAUAAUCCAUCAGAGGAACCGUCUAUCGAUCGAUACAUAUUCAGUGAAGCUAAAUCGUGUGUGUAUCUUUUAUUAGAAUCAAGCUUUAACCAAUUUUUACACACAUGCGUUUAUGAAGAUAUGGUAGCAAACUGUGGAGAAUUAACUAUAUAUUAUAACGAUCAUGUCAAGAAUUUAGCUCUUGACUAUUUAUCUGCUUUUACUCAUAAAAGAAAUUACGGAUUAUCAAUUCAAAAAAUAAUUUAUAAAUUCGUCAAAGACAACUUUAAUAUGGAUUAUCCCGAAUUUACUAAGAGCUGAUAGACUUUUAUAUACGUGUAUAUAUAUAUAUAUAUAUAUAGUUAGAUAACCAGUAUGAAUAUACCCUUCCUUUUCCCCUCUCAUAUAUGUAUAUGUAUAUAUAUCUAUAUAUCAAUAUAUCUAUAUAUAUAUAUA